ACACAAGUCUCUCGGUUUGGCUGGCAGGCUACGGAAGACAACUGAACACUACCACCACCGAGUGAUUAUAUUAACCUCAAACUGCAGCAAACCGAGCAGUCAGUCUUUGUCAAAUAUCUUACGGUCCGUCGGUAACUUACUACACUCGCUCCCGCCUGGUUCAGAGAGACUUUGAGUCGCGGCGCUUAAAUUUUUUCGGCAGAAUAGAUAUCGGAUAAAUAAAGCGAAAUAAAGGACACGGUUUGGGUGAGAUGUAUGGUUAGUAUCACAGUCUUUUGAGGAGGGUGUCAAACACAGAGCUGUAGUUUCUCCUCAAGAGGCGAGGAAUGCAAUCUGAGCAUCAAUGUUUCACUGGGGCAAGUGGAAGAAGAGGAUGGGAGCCAAUAGUUCUUCAAAGAGACCAGUUUUCGACGAAAAGGAGGAUGUGAAUUUUGACCACUUCCAGAUUUUGCGGGCCAUCGGGAAAGGGAGCUUUGGAAAGGUAUGCAUUGUGCAAAAGAGGGACACGGAGAAGAUGUACGCCAUGAAGUACAUGAACAAACAGCAGUGCAUAGAGAGAGAUGAGGUCCGAAACGUCUUUAGAGAGCUUGAGAUCCUACAGGAAAUUGAACAUGUUUUUUUAGUAAAUCUCUGGUACUCCUUCCAGGACGAGGAGGACAUGUUCAUGGUGGUGGACCUCCUGCUAGGAGGAGACCUGCGCUACCACCUGCAGCAGAGCGUCCAGUUCAGCGAGGACGCUGUCAAACUCUACCUCUGUGAGAUGACACUGGCGCUGGACUACCUGCAGAGCCAGCACAUCAUCCAUAGAGACGUCAAGCCAGACAAUAUCCUGUUGGAUGAGCAAGGUCACGCUCACCUAACGGACUUCAACAUAGCAACAAUAAUAAAGGAUGGAGAGCGAGCCACAGCCUUAGCUGGAACCAAGCCCUACAUGGCUCCAGAGAUCUUCCAGUCUUUUGUAAGUGGAGGCACGGGCUACGCCUUUGAAGUAGACUGGUGGUCACUAGGGGUGACAAUCUUUGAAGUGCUGCGUGGAUGGAGGCCCUACGACAUCCACGCCAGUAACUCUGUGGAGUCCCUGAUUCAGCUCUUCAGUACAGUCAGUGUCCAGUACAGCCCAGCCUGGCCCAAGGACCUGGUUUCCCUCUUGAGGAAGCUACUGACAGUGAACCCAGAGCAUCGUUUCUCCAGCCUGUCUGACAUGCAGACAUCUCCCUACCUCGCUGACGUCAAUUGGGAUCCGUUGUACGAGAAGAAGAUGGAGGCCGGAUUUGUUCCUAAUAAAGGUCGCCUCCACUGCGAUCCCACCUUUGAGCUGGAGGAGAUGAUUCUGGAGUCACGUCCGCUUCACAAGAAGAAGAAGAGGCUGGCCAAGAACCGGUCUCGAGACAACAGCAAGGAUUCGCAGUCUGAGAAUGACUACCUACAGGAGUGCCUUGAAGUGGUGCAGCAAGAGUUCAUGAUCUUCAACCGUGAGAAAUUGAAAAGGCGUCAGGAGGAGGGUCAGUCAGAGGCUGGGGGCGAUGAUGCCAGCGGAGACGGGGAUGGAGAAGUCGAGGCCGGGGCCACUGAUGAUGAUGCCCUCGAGCCAGAACCCGAGCCGGAGCCCGAGUCCUCCUCCAAACUGAGCAUGUGCGGCUCAGUCUGCUCCUCCCCCGGCAGCUGCUAGCGCCUCAUCGCCUCACAGUGACGGUCGCAGGUGUCUCUCUGGCCGCUGCAGUGUUUGUGCCAUGCCAAUUAGAUACAUUCUCACCUCUCUCCUCUGUUGUAGCCAGGAGCGGAGCGACUGAACGCGCAGCAGGACCCAAAAUGGCUCCCACCAUUUCCUUUUUUUUUUUUUCUGUAGCAUCCACCUGGUAGGGCAUGAAUGAAGCAGAUCACCAGAGAGUCCCCGCCUACUGUACCCAUCCGCCCUAGAGUAAGCUCUAACUUCUAUGCAAUGUUACAGUAUAGCAUGACAAAUAAGGCAUCACUUACUAGGAGGUGUACAGAAAGCUCCACGAGCAUGAUGACAUCCCGAGCAAUAGCAGUCCACGGUUUUCGGGGGUUUGGUGUUUGUUUUUGGUGGAGACGCCUCCCCUCUCAGCCUUCCUGUUUCAAGAUCUGAUGGGGACGACUGAAUUAUUCAGCACGCACAGGCACUCAGUUUAUGUUAUUGCCUGUGUCUUCAGUUCACUCUCCCCCUGCAGCCUCUCUCAUGUAAUGUGUGCCCUAAUUCAGAACAGUUAUUUCUCCCGGAGCACCGUCCUCCUGUUGCAACACCUCUCUGAGACACAUUUGCAGUAAGUGUUCAAGGCUGUUUUCAGCCAGCCGAGAAAGUGUGGCUGGUUUCAUGUUGUAAACCUGUUUAAAGUGGUGCCUGUUGAUGAUAAUCAGUAUUCGUUGAUCUCAUCGUAGCCAUGGAUGUGUUAUAGGUCAGAAUGUUAGUUCCCUCUUUAAGUGUUUUAUUAUUUUUCCAAAGCUUUUUUUUAGGAUGAUAAGGUACUGUUAUUAACGGGGAAUCAGUACAGCAAUUAGAAUGAAAGGUUUCGCUUGUCACUGUGUGUAAUGGUUACCGAGAUGUAGUAUUUUAGCUCUGACUCAUAGAGCAUUCACACACUCUGCUCUGGGGAUUACUGUAAAAGCCAAUCAGCCACAAUCACAUCUUUUAAGAAUCUAUUAGAAAGUUUCCUUCACCAUCAUCUCUUUAAGUGCUUGGUUAGUAUAAAGAUCAUCUCCCUGUAGAGCUUGUUUCGGGGUGGUACUUAAACGUGUAGCUGUGCCCUGUCGGUACUUCAAAUUGUGCACACGAGCUAGUCUAUUACUGUCAUAGCGAUACAUUUAAGGUGGCGUCGUUAAUCUCAGUCUGAACACCUGGGAACAUGUAGCAAACGUUCACCUUAAAACCCUAAGGCCUAAUAAAAUGAAAACCGUGUAAAUAGCAUACAGUGUAGGUAAUAAAACUCACCACAGUUUUAUGUGGGACUGCGACAUAAAAACUAAAGGAAGAGCCGCGUGAAGCUUCACACUGCUUCGUUCCGCUCUUCUUUCCAAGUGUGCAGGCACAACUUGUAGGCAAAAUAUGCCAAAGCUUUUCUACCAUUUGCAUAACCAUUUCUAAGGAACUUUGAAUGUGUGAGUGUGUGUCUCUUUUUCCCGGUAUAACAUAGAGUCAGUGUUCCUUCUGCAAGUGAAAAUACUAUUAUUUAUACAAUCAUAUUGUGAUUAUGUAUAAAGUAUCUAUUUCAGGUAAAGGGGGGGGGCUUAAAGUAAUAUUUGGGUAAAUAUGCCUAUUGUUGACUAGAUGAUUUAUGAGAAGACUGAUGCCUAUCUCAUAUUUGUGCAUUAAGUAUGGAGCUGCUGGAGCUGUGAAGCAAUUAGCCUAGCUUAGCAUAAAAACUGAAAUCGGGGGAAAAGCAGCUAGCCUGGCUCUGUCAAAGAUUUUAAUUAAUUACCAAAACCCCCUAAAGUUGUUUUUUGUUUUGUUUUGUUUUUACAGCUGUGGCGUAGUGAAUUUCCAGUUAUGCUGCAUAGAAGCCCUGGAUGAAAAAUUCAGUUCAUGAAGUUCAUUUGUGAGCUGAAAGGCGCUGGUCAAAGACAGGUCGUCAAGGACAUCAGUAAGCUACAUUUACAUACAGUGUGGACUUCACUUAUUGUGACGUCACACUGUCACAAUUACAUUACAAAACCACAGUUAAAACAUAAGCCGCUUUUACAAAGAAUCAAACGAUGGCAGCAUCAUCCCGCUCCCGUGAUCAAAGAGGCAUGAAGAGCCUGACAUAUAACACAUGAGCGUACGCCUCUAGCGUGACAUAUAAUAAAUGCAUUGGUUGCACUUUCUAGACAGUAUCAAAUGCAUAACAUGUCAAUCACAAUUGUUUACCUUCUCUGAUAUGGCUGAUUUUGUCCUCUGCUCAGAGGGUGAGGAGCUCCCAAAUCUCAUUGUUUUCCCAAUUUGUGGAAAUUUACAGCCGCUGUUAUUCUUCUUUAACGUAGCUGCUAUGCUAAUAGCUGCUUUUUAAAUCUCCCACGGUGGUUUGCACACAUCGCCAAAAUGUCACACUUCUGACACAUAUUCAAAUGUGUUUCUGGCUUUCAUUUUACACAGACCUUGUUACAGCACUGUUACUGCCUCCUAUCCCGGCUCAGAGGCGAGACCACUCUCGCCCCCCCCCUUUCUGUGAUCAGACGUUAUAAACAGAAAUGUGAGGCGGCAUAUCGGCAUGAUAUUCCCGCCUUGAACAGGUGGUGUGAAUGUGGCUAACUAGGUUUCAUAGGUGUUUGGUCUCUGCAUUCAGUUGACUGACUGGCACAAUACCUUGGCCAAUGGUGGUCGCCUGGCAUGCUUUUGUUGGCAAGUCCUGUCCUACAGUACUGUGAUUGGCUAGUACUCGUCCCGUGGAUGCGUUGAGGUUGGAGAUGGUUAGGGUUAGGGCAAAGGGGUCAUGUAGUACUAGUCAGUUACAGCACAGUAGGCUGGGACUUGCCAAGACAAGCUCUGGGAUCUAUAUUAACGCUCGUCUGGCAUGCAAGCGCAUGUUGACAGGCAGUCAGUUAUUAGACAACUACCAUCAGCGCUCACCAUUUCAACAUGUUCUCUCUCAACUCAUCAAAUACAGCAGCUUGGUCAGCCCAACACUUCAAACUAUGACAUUCCAGGUAUCCCUCUUGCAUCAGUUUUGGACAUGUCUGUGUCCAUGUCAAUGUUUGCUUGUUACAUCCUGUAAUGUCUUUCAAAAUAAACUUUCAUCCUGAUGUCAAACUUAGGUUUCAUCAUCAAAACUACUUUAGAUUAGCCAAUAAAAGUACAUGGUUAACUCAAGAAAGAAGAUCAUGGUUUGGGUUCACAUAAGUAUGUUUGUUAUGUAAUUUUAAAUUAACAAGUAUGUCAUAUGACAUACUCAUGCCACAGAUAUCAUGUGAUAAUAAUAAUAAUAGUAAUAAUGGAAAGGACUUAUUUAGCGCUUUUCCAGGAAGACACUUUAUAUGAAUUGCAAUAAGAAAAACAAAUACAGAUACAAAAUAGGAAAUACAAACUGAUUUGAUGUUAAAUAUGUCACCAGAGGGAAAAAAAAAAAAACGCACAAAGUUUACUUUGAGUUUCACACAAGACACAAACGUCAGGCUCCUGAGUAAAAGUCCUGUGUAUGUUUGGUCCAUCCACCUACUUGGAUUUUUUUGUCCUUGUAAUUGCCAUGGAUGGAGUAAGUUGAAAGCCCAGUGCGUCUCAUACAGAUGCUAAAGGGUGCCUUGUACGUCAGUAUCAGAGGUUGAGGGCCACUGACGUGACUGGCACAUUUGACGCCCUUGGAAUGAGUACAGGUUAGCCAUGCAACCUCAUCCUCUUGCAGGUCGCAGUUGCCCAUCUGGUUUCAGUCUUAAUGUUAAGCUAGGCUAAUGGCCUCAUAGCUGCAGCCUCAUACUUAACACACAUUGGAGUGGUGUCCAUCUUCUCAUCUCACUCUCUGAAAGUAAACAAAUAAGCACAUUACUCAAAAUGUUCUUAUGUUCUUAAAAACACCUUACAUUACAAUAAGAAUAAGAAGCUUCUUUUAAGGGAUAGAAAGUGGCAUCUUCCAAGUCGGCCAAAAUAUACGGUGAAUUUAAUAGUCUCGAGCCCUGCGCUUCUUUUUGCAUGUACCUUUACAGUAUAAGCCUGUUUUUGCCAAAGCCUGGAGCUUGAGCCUUACUGGCUGAUUUGUGCAUGCACAAGCUUUUGGUAAUAGCUCACCUGAAUAUAGACACAGUCCAAAAUCAGAGUAUAACUGGCCUGCGUGACUGUUUCUGGACAGUGACUUUUGUGAACUUUAAACUGUACAAAAUCGUAUAAUCCAAGUGUUAUAUGGACGGCAUGAUAUUUUUAGAUGAUAUGCAGUACCUUCUGGCAUCCUGUAGGUUGUCUUAACGCUUUGUUCAAGUAUUCAGGCUCGUACCCUUGCUGGAUGAGUGGAAUAAGGUCAGCAGUUGUAUGUGUGAUGCUCUGUUGUGGGUUAAGUGUUGCGUUAUUGACUGUGCAGCAAAGGAAGAAUAUUUGGAACUGGGGCAGGUUCUUCACUUCACCCCAACAAAGAAUUUGCUGCAUUAUUAAAACACAGAAUGUCUCCAUUUGGUAGGAAUCUCAGUUAUUUCUCAGACUCAUUAAAUCAGUCUACACACCAUCCGAAACCAACAUAGGCUUGAAGUGGAUGUGUAAUUAUAUGUUAGUCAUUUGUAAAUGAUAAUAACUGGUUUUGACAGUUAAUUUAAGUGUAGCUUUUCUCUAAGUUACAAUACUAAUCUACAGUUUUGGCAUUUGUUCCUUGAUAUCGGUGAUCACUCCUAAUUGGACUGUGCUUGCAAUACCUCCCGACAUGUUUCUUUGUGUGUUAAUGUUCUGGAUGCCGUUAGGUGUUUUUAAAAAAAAGGCAUUGUGCUAGUGUUUUGACCAGCAACAGCAUGUCUCCUAUUCAGCCGUUUUUCCGAUGGAUGCUGUCAAGGCGUACCAUACUGUAGAUGUCUUAACUCUGUGGAUAACAGUCUGAAACUCAGUGCCCUGUUGAGAAAACAAACGAAGGAGAAAAUGUGAUUUAUGCCACUCUUUUUCCUCCUUGUGAUCCUAUUUUGCAUAAUGUUAUUGUGCUGCAGGAUUUUUACGGGGAGUCAGUGAAAAGCCUUGUUACUGUACCAACUGAAACUGCUCCGUGUGUUUAAAAAAAUGCUGCUUUAACUGCUUUGAUAAAGAAAUAAAUCUCCUUCCAGUAAUUUGGCGUGUCUGUGUCUUUGUGAUUCCCACAUAAAGGGAUACAGUUUUUGACCAAAUUUGUAUCAAAAUAUCGUGGAUAGUAUUUGCAAAUGAACUGCGGUAGAUUUCCCUCCAUCUUACCAGUCCCCAGAUUUUGCUCCUCCCCCUUCUAAGUAAAUUACACCAUUGCCGGCUCUCGGGCUGUUUCUCUAACAAGUCUGUACUUCCACAUUUUUAUAUUGCCCGCCACUGUGGACACAA